AGCGCGCCGUAAUAGAAACGCGCGCUUGAAUUGUUACAACAUCGCACGGGUGCAGCUUGCCGUUACAUGGCUUGCUCUCGAGUCAUUGCAGCUUUGUCCCGACAUUACUUUCGCUCGUUUUGCCGUUAUGAUCUUUUCGCGUAGACGGAAACUUUCGUCUCCGCUUAGUGCGAUCUAGCGGCAAAAGGAGCGGCUUGAUACGAAAUGUGUCAUGUAAAGUGCAGCUCUCAGAAGAAGGGCUACGGAACAUUUGCGUUGAACGUGCUUCUACUAUUUGAAAUUUUCUGCGGAAUUUAAUUCGCAGGUAGAUAGGGCUGCAGUCGUCGGGCAAUUUGCAUAUGCUUAAUCGCUCGUUACGAUUUUCGGCCGAAAAUGCGAUCUGCUAACUGUGAUGUUAUUCUGACACAUUUUUUUCUAUCCAGCUUGCAUUUGGAAGAUAGAGAUCCUAAUCAAUCAUUAGUUGCCUCAUUGUUACGAUUGGCGGUUCGCAUUACGCUUAUCGAAAUUCUACAAGUUAAUAGAAUUCACGUAAAUGUAUCGCGUAAUUCGGAAGAAAAUAUAUUCUGCAGGUUGGCGCUAAUUACCGUAAUUAAUGAGUAACGAGAAAUUUCCCCAAAACAUUAAACAAGUGAGACUUUACGAUCGGCUGAAAACAAUGUUCGAACAAUGCGCCGCCGGCGAGGGUGGGGGAGGCUAGCGCGGUAAGAUUUCUGAACACGAUCUUCCCUAUCUUCUACGUCGAUAUCUCGUCGGGAAUCGUUAGAUAGCGACGACAACCAAGUUACCGCUGCGAGCGUUAUCACGGCCAAUUGUGCGGAAAUACCUCCGAUCGUACGUUAUCGACAUUGACGUGUACGCGCGUAUGCACCUCGUUCUCACUCUUGUGGUUCUCCUUCCGGUCCCCUCCUUUCAUCGCUAUUUUCUUUCCCGCUUCUUCUUCUCCUUCUUCCUCUUCCCAGUUACUUCCGUAGUUGCUGAGACGUUCGACAAGACGUUCUUGAAAGGCUCCAUCUCAGCUCGGUAAGAGCCGCGCACCAGGAAAAGAGCUGCUUACCGCUCUUCCACCCUCAGUGGAAACUAUAGUAAACCAGUGAUAGAAACGAGAAAUCCUAUAAGCUUCCUUUUACCAUGGCAACGCAAUUGGUAUAAAGUGCGUGGCGAUCAUUGCGCGCGAAACAAAGUACGCUUUUGUUUUGAUUUUUUUUUAACGCGUAAAGCGGUAAUCCUCUCUUUUACAUCCUAUUAUUUAUUCAAAAAGAGAACAGUUUUCUCUCGUUAGCUCUCGCGCACUAUCGACGAUAACAAUAAUAACGCACUGUUUUUCGUUCUUCAUUAUUUUUACGCCGAAACCGUGUCAAAUCAUAAUUUGUGCUGAAUAUCCGUCAACCUACUUUUCGUGUGAAAGUACUUUUCUAAGUAUUUUUGGACUCUCUCGUUCGUAGUAUUCAUAGACGUACAUCUAUGUGUUGUUUUAUAGAGCGAUUAAACUAAUUAGGAGACCGGGAGCAGGACUAGUUCUGGACACCGAGAUUACGGGAUCUCUUGCUUUGCGUAAUUUAAAUGGAUCUCGUGUAGCGUGUAUAUUCGGGUGGAGCGGUGGCAUUUCAAGCAGAUUAUAAUUUUUUUCCUUUUUUCCUUUUAUAUGACACAGUGUUCACGUACGUGAAACGUUUCAGCAACAUUUAGCGGUCUAUCUUAAUAUAAACGAAGAAUUGAGCUGAACUUUUAACGAGAUGUCAGAGUUUACGUUAAAUUGAAAAUAAUGCGGAUUAAAAGAAUAAACUGAAUAUAAUAAAUUUAAUUUAUUACAUUCAUAAUUUCAGUCUCUUUCCAUUUAUUAAGAUUGUAUGCAAAGUGUAUUAUUAUUAUUAUUAUUAUUAUUCAGAUAUUUAAACAUUUACCUGCUCUCAUUUCAGUUCUCGAUUUCCGUAAUAGAGACGUAUAGUAAUAUUUUUAAUGUCGUAAUUAAUUUAAAUGAAAAUUUUAUAUUUCAUUGAUUCAACAUUCAGAUGAGAAAUAUAAUAGAAAUAAUAUAAUGGCAUGCAAGUGAAACGGGUAGAAGAACACAUGUUAUAAUAUAUUAUUAAUGAAUUAUAAAUAAGCGUAUUAAAGCUAUUGAUUAUAGUUUGAAUUGAUAUAUAUGUAAAAUAUAGUUUUUCCAAAAGAUAAGAAAUGCAAGCGAAGGUAUUAAAGCAGAUCUUUAUUAUCAUGGUUUGCUUACGUAUACAUAGUACCUCUCUCCAUUGAUGUCGAAUAAUUGCGCAUUUUCGUUUUGUAGAAAAUGAAGUUAGGGAUUUCAUUAUCUAAAGUACAGAUAAAGCGGACUGACAGCCUUUAUCCGCGGAUGCUAUCUCGCGUUCUUUUGAUUGACAGUACGUGCGCCGGGGGUACAUAUCGCGGGCAUCGUCGACCGACGGGGGCAUCGGGAUAUUCAGUGGGGCCCCGGCGGUGUUGCGCCGCCGGGUGGACGUCGCCGCUCCCUAGGCAGAGGGUGGGGGGAAGAGGCGAGAUGCCGGCGGGCGUCGCGACGCUGCUCGGUAGCGCCACGAACUAAAAGUCCGGGCGCCGCCGCGCGCCAGUGCCGAGCCCGCGAUCGUGGCGAGCGUACGCGUGCUGCCUCGUGCGUACCGUGUAUGUAACGCGCGCGCAGCGGACUGUCACAGUACACAGCUCCCCGGUAAUCUGCGAGCGAUCCGCGCGGAAUUACUCGCCGAGCGAAAUCCGCGAUUGUAAAUCCGCGCGCGCGGAAAACGAUUUUCGCCGGUCCAGCCGCUCCUCUCGCAUCGUUCCCCGCGGGCGACCGCCACGGGAGGCCGCUCCAGGAUUCGCAAGUACGAGCGAGAGAGCGGUUCGUCAAUGAUCACAUAGAUCUGCGAACGAGUUCGUCAGUGAAACGGGUGACGUGAUUCAUACCGAGACACUUUUCUAUCGUAAAAAGGGAUUUCGUGGAGAUUCGCGUUUAGACUUGGCGCGGAGAGAGUCAAGUCUCUCGCGAAGAGCGGACGAGGGAGGAGUGAUAUGAGUGCUGAACGCAGGAUCUUUCGUGACGUUAAACGGCGAUUGAGUGGCGAGCGGUUCGAAGGAAAUACCAUUGAGUGAUCGGCACGCGAGGAAGACCGGACGUCGCGCGAGGCUCGCGUGGAUCGGGCUAAGAGAGAAAGAGAGAAAGAGAAAGACGAGAAGGGCGUAAUAGUAGUGUGUUUCUUUUUCCUUUCUUUGGUUGCGUGAGGAAAGCGAACCUACGCGUGCGGCAAGAGACGAGAAAAGUGAAGACGAGCUGGAGGACGGCCGGGUGAAGGUAGCCUCGAGGUGGGAAGGAAGGUGAAAAAAGAUGAUGCGGUGCCAUCCGAUCGUUCUCUUCGCCGGCCUGCUCACCGUCAUCCGUGCUCAAGGGGUCCCGCGAACAUUUUCGGCUAGGCCUUACCGAGGAGGGCCGCCAUUGUCUGCAAGAGCGGUCCUCGGUGGAACGGCCGAGCUACCAUGCGAUAUUCGUCCACCUCAUCGCAACGAUUCCGCUAUCUUGGUCGUCUGGUACAAGAAUGACGUCAUUCCGAUCUACAGUUAUGACCUGCGCGGUAAGCAUUCGGAAAAACCGUUGCAUUGGAAGGAUAAAGACUAUCUCAGCGAUCGGGCGUUAUUCAGGACAACAACGGAACCAGCAACUUUAAGUGUUAACCACGUACAGGAGCAGGACGAAGGCGAAUUCAGGUGCCGAGUGGAUUUUACCACAAAUCCGACUAGAAAUUCCAGAAUUCAAUUGACGGUGAUAGUACCACCACAGAAACCGAACAUUAUCGACGAGCGCGGUAAGACUGUCCCAGCGGUGGCCGGCCCUUACGAAGAAGGUGGUGACAUGAGACUGCAGUGCCUCGUCUCCGGGGGUCGCCCCGAACCUAAAGUAAGAUGGUGGCGCGGAGAGACGCUUUUGGAUUCUAAGGACGAGCCAGGCGAGUUUCCUGCACUUCGCAGAAACACACUGAUCGUCAGAGAAUUAUCAAGAGCGGAUCUUCACGCGGUGUUCGACUGUCAAGCAUCCAACAACAAUAUCAGUCAACCCGUGUCAACGUCGGUAGCAAUUGAAAUGCAUCUGAGGCCCCUGAGUGUGACGAUACUCAGCAGCGAGCACGCGCCCCUCAGCGCCAAUCGAAAGUACGACAUUAAUUGCAUGACAGUGGGUUCAAGGCCGCCGGCCAAGCUGACCUGGUACAUGGACGGCAGGAAACUCACCAAUCACACGGACAAGGUGUCGUCGGAUGGUAACAUGACGAGUUCCACUUUGACGUUUCAACCUACACUGUUACAUCAUGAUAAGGUUAUCACGUGCAGAGCUGAAAACACCAAAGUCCAACGUGGUGUAGCAGAAGACACGUGGAAACUGAACGUUUUUUUUGUUCCAAUUUUGCACCUGCAGCUCGGUUCAAACAUGAAUCCGGAUGACAUCGAGGAAGGUGAUGAUGUAUACUUUGAAUGCAAAGUUCAUGCGAAUCCGGGUGCCUACAAAGUCGUGUGGAAGCACAAUGGAAACGUGAUUCAGAAUAAUGCGAAGAACGGCGUGAUAGUCCAGCAAUACGAUUUGGCUCUCAGAGAGGUGAAUCGGUCCCAGGCCGGAAAUUACACCUGCGUCGCCAGCAACGUCGAAGGCGACGGCUACAGCAAUAUCGUGGAGCUUAAGAUCAUGUACAAACCGAUCUGCGUGCCGGAUCAAAAGCGAAUUUAUGGUGUAGCGAGGCACGAGGACGCUCGGGUGAUAUGCAGGGUGGAGGCGUAUCCUCCGCCGGAAAGUUUCCGCUGGACCUUUAACAAUACCGAGGAGAUGGAGGAUGUGCCGCAGGCGCGUUACAAGAACUCAACCAGACAUACCCAGAGUAUCCUCACAUACCGGCCGGUCACGGAAAUGGACUACGGCACCGUGCUCUGCUGGGCGAGCAACACGGCUGGCCAGCAGAAGAAUGCCUGCAUAUUUCACAUCAUUCCUGCGGGCAAACCGGAAGCUCCGUACAACUGCACGCUGACCAACCAGACCACCGAAUCACUCUCGGUGGAAUGCACCGCUGGUUUCGACGGUGGUCAGCCCCAACACUUCCUCCUUGAAGUGUUCGAUCAGCACACGGGGGUCCUGCAGGCCAACAUUACGUCCAGAGAGAACGCGGCUUUCACUGUACAGGGCUUGGAGCCGGGCAAGGUACUGAAUAUGAUCCUGUACGCGGUGAACGCAAAGGGAAGAAGCGAACCGGCGUUGCUGGAAGGUUUCACGCUGAAAGUCGCCGAGAAGCAGACUGUGCGCGUUUUGUUCACAGGUACUCCGGUACCCUUCGAGUUUACUCCGUUACUCGGAAGUCUGAUCGGCGUGGUCGCCGCACUCCUCCUCAUCACCGUCGCCAUCCUAGCCGCGCUGAAAAUGAGGAGCGAGAGGCGAGCUCAAAGGCCGGGCGAUUUACCUCUAAAGAAGGCUACCGCACCGAGUUCGGAGGACCUUUACGACGCGGACGACAGAAACCCGGACGUUGUGCCGACCAACAAAGAUUCAGAUUAUCAGCUGACCGGCUCGACUUCCGGUACACCGUUGGCAACGCAAAACACACCGGAUGGUCUUCCACCAUCGUCCCUUCCGACCCAGCAGUCAAAUAAUCAUCUACAAGGACUUCCCGCCUAUUCGCAUAACGACUAUAACAAUUAUCCCACCUUACCGCUAUCUGGGGAGGUGACGUACGCCGAGUUGUGCCUAGCGAGACCGACCACCUUGUCGACUCUGGCAACCGACGCCAAACUGGCUAGUCUCGGCGGCGGAGUUGGCGGUCUGGGUGGUCUUCAGGGUUAUGGUGGCGGUCUCGGGGUGAUCGUGGGCGGCAAGCCGUACACGAAGGAAGCCACAGUCUACGCCUGCAUCGACCACAACGCCAGGCCGCCCAAACUGGACGUCUCUAACGCGCCGUCAUGUGCGACCACUCCAAUAACGACGGCGAACGUGCUCCAGGAUUCCACCGUCGCCACCGUCAUGAGCGGCAAGCAGCACCACCCGGCGAGAGAGGUCGUAACCGUCCGCACGCCCUUGAUCUCGACCCAAGAGAGCUGCGUAUAGGGACGCGACUCCGACGCGCUCAACGUCAACGAGUACUACGUCUGAUAUGGCCGCCGGCUCGUGGCGAUCGUGCGCGUCUUCACGGUGCGCGACCUUUUGAUUCCUGGACUUGCGGUGCUUUCCCCGGUAACGUCCCCCUCGAAUUCUCGGGAAAAGGUAUACCUAAUAUGAAUUAUGAGUCUCGUCCGGAUACGAGGCAAUCGCGCGCACGUCGAGCGACGUGAUCGCUCGUUUUUAGACGUACGGACAUUCGCCCAGCGAUGACCAGCGAAUAGCACUGCUUCUCGUGUCUGAAAUGGACGAACUUCUGAUCGUGACUGACGACGCUGUACAACGAGGAAACAAAAACGAUCGGACAGCUACGCUCCGGUAAGACUCACGUGAAUGUACCAAGGAUAAUGUAAAAGAAAGAGCUAGAUGUCUUUGUAUGCGACUUAUUGCACGGUUUGCAAUCCUAUCGAGGUAGCUGAUGAUACGAAUAUUCAGGACUGACCAAAUAAUCUUGAAGAAUACAUAUCGAAAGAGAUUCCAAUAGAAUACGGCAACUGAAUUCUUUCGUUUUGACAUUCCAUUGUGUUCCGAGCACACAAACGGCAAAAUAUAUCAUGUGAUAUAAAAAUCUAUAAGAGAAAUGUAUCAAGUUUAUAACUGCCCAAUUUUCAGAGGUUCUAUUUAUCUUUGGUAUGACAUGAAGGUAUGCAGAAAAAUUAAUGAAAUACAAUUCUGACGAACCAACAGUUUUAUUAAAACAGUUUUGGAUUUCAGUAGAAAUAAACGUAUACAUUCCAGAUUUAUAUUAUAAUUUAUAUCGUAAUGAAAGAAGCCAAAGGGAGAUACGUGUAUGAAUAUUAACAUGCUCUUAAUCGAAAAUAUUUCACAAAAUGAAAUUUUCAUAAGAGAACAUUACCAUACGUGAUCAUUUUGAUUCUAAAAACAUCUAAAAAUUUUAUGAAUAUUUAUCCAAAAUUCUAUUAAUUGACCGAAUGGCCAAUGGAAUAAAAAGAAAUAUCUCAAAAAAAAAGUAGGUUUUUACGUUCCGCAGCGGAUGUUCGUGCCGCGAGAGGAAAAAUCGAUGUAUCUAUGUCUCGCAACGGCGAAUGUAAAUUUUCUAUUCCCAAGAGUAUACUUUGUAUUACAAAGUAGGUAUGGGGAUAAAGAAGAUCGUCGCGUUGAGUGUAUUUUCGUAGAAUGGCGUGUCUUUAUCGACGAUAUGCUCUCUCCGUCUCUUUCUCUUCUUUUUUUCUCGGAGUGUCGUAUCGUGUCGAUUACGUCGCGCCAAGUGCAACAGUAAAUUUCGGAGAACGGAGAAAGAUCCGCGCUACGAGAGAAAGAUCGACUUAUUUCCGCGAAAAUCCGCAAAAUAUUUCCGCGCUGGCAGUCGCGACGCGAAACAAGUGCGCCAUAUAAAACAUAGCAGUUACGAAAAUCCGACGUGAAGAUUUUCUCAAUGUUGGACAUGUUCUCAUCUUUUUUCCGUGUUACCAUUUGACUUUAUUCUCUGUCGAAAAAUAAAAUUUUACGAACAAUUCAAAAAUACAAUUUCCGACUUUUUAUAUCAUAAUGAAAUUGUAAGUAAAUGUAUGCUUGACCGAACAAAUUUUAACGUUAGUAUUAAUUUGUUUGUUAGGAAAAUAAUUCAAUAAUUAGUCAUGUACUGCUGUUCGAUCGAUUUUUUUUUAAUACGUAUAAAAUUAACUAUUAUUCGUAUAAUAUGAUAUUAUUCGUAUAAUGUGGUGCAGACUGAUGUGCGUAAUAUUUUAACAAAUUCAGCAUAUUACAUGAGAACAGUGAUUUAAUUAAAUCGAUAUGCCGACGUGUCGACAUUUAUUCAGAAUUGUUUACAGUACGCCCCAUGGAAACUUUUAAGGUAAGAGUAAAAUUGCUAAUUAUAAAAUAAUGGAACUAUCGAUCUUCUCUUUUGCGGCCUGAAUUCGUUCUUUAUCUUUCUAUCGUUACAACUUACUAGUCUAUUUGCGCGACGUGUGAACGGAAUAAUAUUCACACGGAAAUUUUAGCGAAAGUCGAAUUUUCACAAUAAUAAUGCGACAGGAGUUUCUUCCAAGAUGACCUGACAUACUCGUAUGCGUGCAGCACUGUAAAUAGCAACUUUUCCUCGAGGAGACGAAGGCUCGAAGAUUAAAUUUAGACUAUAAUUAUUGAAAUUACCGUGUGCGUGGGUAAAGAGUCUGCUGUGCUCCGAAAAUAUGUAUAUUAAUUCUAAUUAAACAGACGUACCUUGUACAUUGCGCAUCGUUCAAUAGCGACGAACAUCUAUGCAUUAUCCGCAUAAUUACGUUUCGUUCGAUCGGAGGAUAUUUUGCGACGGGAUCGGAGACAAUAACGUUGCGGAACUGUUAAGUUGAAAGCGACUCAUCAACGGUAAAUUAUAUCGUCCUAUAUUCUUCGAAACUUAAUUGGAGUUUGAGCUUUAGUGAAAUAUCUCAAUCCGGAGUAAUGCUUUACUUUUUAAUCGGUUAUCGGUUUUUAUAUUCCUAGCAAGACAACUUUACUUUAUAUUGAAACUAUACUGACUAUCCAAAUUUGCAAUGGAAACAGCACUUGACUUUCUCACGAUAAAAGUCAUUAAAAAGAAACGUUUGAAGAUUGAUAUAGAAUAAUUUUCCAUUUAUAUCCCAUAUGUUACGUGUAAUUAAGUCGUAACAAAUCCGAUAUAAUUCACCGUUUUAACCGUCAAUUUUUAUCUUUGCUUCCCACUGAUCCCUUAACAUGCAGACUGACGUGACAUGCGACGGAUAAAUGUGUGUCCUAGGACUGCCAAAACGCGCACAACCCAACUGCCACGUGUCGCACUCAUUUUCAUUGAGUUCGCCAUCGGGACGAUGAAGAGCGGUCAGAGAGUAUUUUUCGCGCGUCGCCGUACGUUGUGCACCGUACAAAUGUACACGCGUGUACAUCUUAGAGAUAUAUAUUAUAUAUAUAUAUAUAUAUAUAGGUCCUCGUCGCACUUAUGCAGCGGAGACAGAGUGUAAAUACCUUGUACAUAGGAACAUCGAGACAAGAGAGAGACUUUAUUUGCGAGAUGCCCGAGGUUAAACCCCUACUUGUUUGAGGGACGACAGAACAAGCACGAAGGAUCGUUAUCGACGAAUUCGUUAACGACAUUACGAGGUACGUUCGCAGGAAAAUCGUUUUUUGUGGUAGUACACGAGAGAGAAAAAACGAAUAGCGACUCUGGCUCGCAAACUCUCUCUCUUUCAAGUAGAACUUUUCGAAUUUUGUGAUUAUUAUACGGCAUGAAUUAUUAUAUUCAGUUUCUUAUUUUAUGUGAGUGCGUUAAUUGCAUCUUUACUCCCGAUACUUCCAUCGUUCUUUUUCGUGGCUAAUUAAUAUUAACGUACAACGUAAUUGACCGUUAUUGACCGUCGUCACCGUCGUCGUCGGUCGACGGACACGAAGAGAAUCGACAUAACGAGCGUUCCUUCGUGUACGCCCCUUCGUAAUUUGUAAGAUAUAUGCUCCGAUGUACAGCGCCGAGAUAUUUUUUCAGAGAGUGUGCGUAAUACAAUACCUCCGCGUAUAUCGUGAUGAAGUCUUGGGGCGCCUAAUCAGGCGAGGCCCAUUUCGAGAGUGGGCGAAACUGUAUAAUAAUUAAACGAUUGGAUUGCGAUUAAUGGUCAGACAAAGAAAUAAAGAUAUAUGUAUAUGUACGUGUGUGCGCGUGUUAUAUGCCUGCGUGCCUGUGUGUCGCGUGAACGCAAACACGUGAAUCUCUCACCGCGUGUACGCACGUGACCAUGGCGAUCUGUGCGAUCGAGGAUUAAGAAUAAUUAAACACAAAGAGAUAUAUGUGUGUGUAUGUGUGUGUGAACAUGCGCUUACUGUUUCAUAAUUUUCUCAUAAUUUCUUAUUGUAGAGAGAGAGAAAAAAACUAUUUAUGUUGGUUCUUCCAUCAUUUUGAUUUUACAAGAGAGUAUCUCAUUAACGCGGACAAGCAUUGCGAGUCCCGAGUUAUAUUCCAGCUAUUUUUAGAUAACUCAAAAUUGCGCUUUUCUUUUCAUUGUAGUUAGAACGUCGCAGUUAUUUACGUUGCGAUAAAGGAUUUUCAAGAAUUCACGGAAGGGUUGAGAUGAGACCGUGCUCCUUUUUUCCCCCUUUUACAUCCGGCGCUCGAACGAGAUCGAAGUGGACAAAGAAAAGAGAAUUAUACCUCGAGUGCUCCAAUUGAAUCUCUGCAAGAUCGAUUUUCUCUCGACGCAAAAAAUAUCGAAUUGUUUAAACUGUUGUUCUCUUUUAUAUCUUGUUCUAUUGUACUGGACAGAUAACGCAUAAUCUUCUGUUUCCACCUACAGCAAUUUUAUUUUCUUACGUUACGUACUUCUCCGUUAGAAAAAAACUCUUGCGCAAUUACGGCUCAACAAUGUGGACUCCUUGAAUUUUCAAGUUAAAAUUAUUUCUCCAGUUUUCAAUGGAAUCUGUAAUCAUCUACAUUCGAUCUUUAAUUUAACUUUAAAUAGUUAUUUACCUGUGCGCACGUUUAAUCGCAAUAAUGCCUGAUAAUCUGGCCUGGCUAUACUUAUAACUUAUCACUCGUAUCACGUACGAUGCAUACAAUAGCUGCAGUGCAGUAGUAACUGCAGUGGAUCACUCAGUACACCAGUGUGUCUCUGUACACAUGUACAAAAGUUCGAUUGGCGGAGUCCUUCCGGUUUUCGCAGGUAUUUUAAGCACGCGCUCCGUUAACGAUCGCGUACACUUCUCCUCGCGCUUCCUCCUUAAAUGCUCGCUUCUCGCAUGCUGCAAUACAUUCCACGUUUCCUGUCAAAUACCACGGGCGCGUGUGAAUGCGGUCGCCGCGAAAAUUUUGACGGUAAUAAAGAAACGAUGGCCACACGCCGAGAUUCACGACGCAACCCAAUUCCGCAUUCAUGCGUAAUGAGCAAUUACAGGCUGAUACAUGUCAGUGCGAUUUUGUGCUUCCGACUAGUUAGUUUGACGUUUAAGUAGUUUCGAGGGUGCUAAAUUUCCAUUGUGUUAGCACACUUUAGGUUCUUCAACAGACUGAAAUAUUAUCAUAAUGACAUAUCAUGUGGUCUAGUGAUUUUAUAAAAUAAAAUUGGCGGAAAACUUGAAAUAUUUAUAUAAUCAGUUUACCGUCCAUUUUUUAAAACAAAUUUUUUCAAUUCUGAUCUCUCUCUCUCUCUCUCUCUCUCUCUCUCUCUCUCUCUCUCUCUUAUUGAAAUAGUAAAAUGUUGUAUGGAUUUUCGAAAAUGUAUUUAUUAUAUAAAUAAUUUUGUAUAAUGAAUUAUUGCAAUUAUACCCUGUCCUUGUUCCGAAUCGCACUUUUUAAUCCAUGAUAAUCGGAAAAAGGAGCAAGUCGUUCACAGGAAAUUUCGCAAAUAAGAAUUGCCUGUUAAAUCAUCACGUUCGAGCGGGCUUCGUUUCACUACAGUCUCCAGUUGCACUUUAUACGGGAGCUGCAUUGCGGCGUGCAUGCACCCGCGAGAGAGGAGCCUCUUGAGGCUAAAUGGUGAUUUGCCUAGUCCGCCGCGUUUUGCCAGUUUCAAAAGAAGCCCCUACAUGAAAAUCUGCAUCGGCUUAUCAAAUCUGAAAGUCAAUUCCAAGCCCCGGCGCCUCCAUGACUGGACUCCGCGGUACGAGUCUAUUAGCUUGUACCGGAAGCACCAAAAGCCCUAAAAAGCAUCAAAAGUCGUUUCUGUAACGGAAUAUUCAUCAACGCUUACGUAUCACUGCCACGAUAACCGCCGCACAAUUCGCCGACGUCUCGGAAUCCGUAAUCCAUCCCCGCAUAGCACAGAUAUUCCUUUCGGGUUCUUUUGAGUAUCUAUCGGAUAUCGAAGUGUACCACAAUGUCCGAAUUUGGGAAUACGGAAUGAACAUUAAUUGCCCAUUACGUGGCACGAUGGAAAAUUGCCUUCGGACUUCCGAGCACAUUCGAGAGAUUCACUCGUUUCUCGUUCGUUCGUCCUGAAUAUUCGCGAAAAAAAGAUUUGUAAUAUUCCGUUUGCAUUCUAUUUGUUAUUGCGAUUUUAAUUAACGUCAUAAUUAUCGAUGAGUAAUUGAAAAGUAUGAGAAAAACAUCAAUCAGGUGCGAAAAAUCGGUGUUUAAAAUACGGUGCUUUUGCAAGCUCAAAGUUCGAAACAUUUUUUUUAUUGAAUAUUAAAUUUGACGCUUGACUGGUGUUUGACUUCCACUCUUCGAUUGACGCUGUUAUAUUUGACGCAAUACUGUGAAUAACGAGAAUUAUGACAAAGAGCCUGGCGAAUCGCGUCUAUGUUGAAUUGUACAUAAUCUUUUGGACGAGUAAAUGUGUGUGCGUUUGUUUGUACAUUCUUCUGUGGUUACACGCGUAUGUGUAUGUAUGUGUGCAUGAGUGCACGAAUGUUUCAUGAAAUUUCACCUGGCGAGCCUGACAAGAGAAAUGCGAGCGUGUCAAAAAUUGAAAUUGCGACGACCAUACUACGUGUAUUUAUAAUAUAAUUAUAGAUCUCUCUCUAUAAAUAUAUACACACCUCAACGUAAUCAGAAUAAACGUGUUGAUAUAAAAACCGA